CCUUCUUUUUGUCUGCAGUUUUGUCGUGGAGGUUUCCACCUCGGUUUUCGCAUUUCGGUUGCGAAUUUGGCUUGUUUUCCGGCAGACAAUGGUCCAUUACGUGAAAAUGGAAGACGGCAAAGUUAUGCCGAUUCAGGAAAUGCUAAAGAGCAUCGAACGUUACAACCCGGAGCAUUUGAAAGUGAUCGAAACCUAUGUCGAGGAGCAAGCCCGCGACAAUCAAUAUGAUCUGGAAGCCAAUCUGGCUUGUUUGAAGCUGUAUCAGUUCAAUCCACAGAUGAUGAACUUGGAUGUCACUUACGUUAUUCUGCUGAAAGCAUUGACCAACUUCCCACAUACGGAUUUUGUUUUGUGCAAAUGCUUGCUACUUCCGGCCCAAAUGAACGACGAUACAGUCAAGGAAAUCAUCUACUUGGCUGAUAUUCUGGAGAAGUGCGAUUUUACCUUGUUCUGGUCUCGCGUCACGAAGAACCCGGUAUUUUUCAAGAAGAUCAGCGGCUUUUACGAUUCCAUCCGGAAGUUUGUCUGUCACGUCGUCGGCAUUACGUUCCAAUCCAUCGAGAAACAAUAUUUGGUGCGGCUUCUGGGAGACGUUGAUGAUAACGUUUUGCGUUCUUGGGUUAAGAAGAAUAACUGGAAGGAAGACGGUCAGUACAUUACGGUGGCUGUACAGGAGGGCAACAUCAAGACGAAGCACAUUACUGAGAAGAUUGAUUUUGAAAAUCUAGCUCCGCUGAUGGCCAACUGCUUGUAAGA